UUUCUCUCAUCUGGCCUUUAAAGGCGUCUAAUAUGCAGAGGAGAAAACCAUAACUCAAAAGGCUAUUGUUUCUAUCUAAAAAAAUUAAGAAUCGUUUUGCUUUUUUUUUUUCAACUUUUUCUCUCCUCUUUCCUUUACAGGCGAAAACCACACAGCACAAGAAACGCUAUUGUUUCGCUCUCUAAAACCAUAUAUCUGAAGCUCAUUUUCUCGCUCUAAAAUCCAUUAUCGCACUUGGCGCUUUUCUUUGCCCAGAUUCAUCCGACCAGCCGCUGAAUUACACCGAUAUUUACUUCAGUGGUUGCUGAGGUUAUUCAUUUUUCCCUCUUACAUGGCUGGCCAUGAUUAUGAAAACGAGCUCGAAUGGAUUCAAGCCCUAAAAUCACAAGGAGCAGUUCCACUUAUUGGCCUAGAUGACUGUCGCAAUUGUUGGGCCUCCCCCCCUGGUGGCACAUUCAUGGUCAGAGGCCCCGAAUAUUUCACUUCCAAGGUUAAAAUACCAGCUGGUGAUUAUCUCUUAAAGCCACUGGCCUUUGAUUGGAUCAAAGGCCCCACGAAAAUCUCAGAGAUCUUGAACAACCCUAACAGUCGCGUCAAAAGGGUUCUUAAUGAAGUAUUAUCUACAGACACAAAGCCAUUUGUAUGGGCAUUCAAUCUUCAAGUCCCUAGUAAAGAUAAUUACAGUGCGGUUGCAUACUUUGUGGCUCUCGAACCAAUUCCCAAUGGGUCUCUUAUGGACCAGUUUCUAAAGGGAGAUGAUGCAUUUAGGAAUUCGAGGCUUAAGCUUAUAGCCAACAUUGUUAAAGGGCCCUGGAUUGUUAGAACAGCAGUUGGGGAGCAGGCGAUUUGUAUAUUGGGGCGAGCUGUUUCUUGUAAAUAUUAUUUUGGGGAUAAUUAUAUCGAAGUAGAUGUUGAUAUUGGGGCAUCUAUGGUUGCUAAUGCUAUUGUUCAUUUGGCUUUUGGGUAUAUUCAAACUUUAACUGUUGAUUUAGCAUUUCUAAUAGAAAGCCAAGUAGAAUCUGAAUUGCCUGAACGGUUACUGGGGGCAGUGAGAUUCUCUGAGUUGAAUCCAGCCUCUGCAGGUCCUCUUGAGCCUCCUCCUUUGGAGGAUGCUUUGGGGAAUCCACAGUCCUCUCUCUCUACUAGAUUAUGGAAGUCAAUUGGGCAAGGCUUCUCCCAGCUUCUACACCCAGGUGCCCAAGACGGCUCGGUCUCUGGUUCGGCACAUACCAAUGGCCACUUGCAUGAAAAUGAGGAGGAAGACAAUAAGCGAUGACUGGGCAAGGGCAAGUUAUGAAAGAUCCCUCUACUCGCUGUGGCUGGAGGAUGAUACAAGGAUGCCACUCAUGAAAUGGUGAGACUGCGCAUGGUGGUGUUUUCUUGCAAAAUGAGAAACCAUAAUAUUGUAAAUAUCAUGGAUUGGUUGGUGGAAAUUGUUCAUGUCGAUUAUCUGACACAAGAGAGAGAGAGAUUCAUGUGGAUUCUGACACGCGAGAGAGAGAGAGAGAGAGAGAGAGAGAGAGAGACCAUUUAGUUCAUUAUUCUCCCUUCCAUUCAUUGAUGUGUAAAUUGGGACAAAAAUAUUGCAAGUAAUAUUGAGUGGCUAUUUAUACUUGCCUUGUUCUCAGAACAGCUAUUAAUACUGAUCUUCUUGGUUUUGUUGAUUA